UUAUAUUUCUUGCUCCAACUCCCAAACACCUUCUUCUCAGUCCCCGUUCCAACAGUGGUAGUGGCCUAGGCAGAAGUCCGAUCGAGGAGGAGGUAUUCUGUGAAUGAAGCCUGGGAGAAUCAGAUCAAAUUCUUACAACUCCACAAAUUGAUCUGUGAUUAUUAUAAACACUUGAGCCAGAAACUGAAUCAACAUACAAACAAACAUACCACUAGACUCUAUUCGUAACUCAAAGCUCGAACCAAUGCCUGCAAAACAAAUUCAUCCACAAUCAAGACCUAAAUCUUCAAUCCUCAUCUUUGCUCUCACUCUCUUUGUUCUCUCUCUUAUCUUCGUUUUAUUGUCUCUCUCUUCGUCUUCAUUUUCAUCUUCAUCCUCAUCUUUCUCCCGCACUCCCGUUACGUACUCCAACCUGCAGGUCGAACCCGAAACUUCCUUCGUGGCUUCUCUCGAGAAUUUCUUGACUCAGAAAGUCCCAAAACCUUCCUCUCCAGUUAGAGAUGAUACUGUCCGUACCGUCAGAGAAGAGGAUGUAAAGAGGCUCGACGAUUUGAAGUAUAGGAGCGAGAGAAAUUGGUUGCACAGAGAUCAGUCUUACCCGUUGAAUUUUCCCAUCAGGAUUUAUGUGUACGACAUGCCUAGCAAGUUCACGUACGAUUUGCUUUGGUUGUUUAGAAAUACUUACAGGGAGACUUCUAAUCUCACAUCUAAUGGCAGCCCUGUGCAUCGCCUAAUCGAACAGCAUUCCAUUGAUUAUUGGAUUUGGGCGGAUUUGAUUGCUCCAGAGUCAGAAAGGGUUUUGAAAAAUGUUGUCAGAGUCCAUGAGCAGGAGGAAGCGGACCUGUUCUAUGUGCCAUUCUUCACUACAAUUAGCUUUUUCUUAUUGGAGAAGCAAGAUUGCAAGGCACUUUAUAGGGAAGCUUUGAAGUGGGUUACAGAUCAGCCUGCUUGGAAACGAUCUGAAGGAAGGGAUCACAUAUUUCCCAUUCAUCAUCCUUGGUCCUUCAAGUCUGUUCGUAGAAAUGUGAAAAAUGCAAUUUGGUUGUUACCUGAUAUGGACUCCACUGGAAACUGGUAUAAGCCAGGGCAAGUUUCACUGGAGAAAGACCUAAUUCUUCCUUAUGUCCCAAAUGUUGAUUUAUGCGAUGUCAAAUGCAUAUCAGACACUGCAUCAACGAGAACCACACUUCUGUUUUUCCGUGGAAGGCUUAAAAGAAAUGCUGGAGGAAAAAUCCGUGCUAAACUUGUUGCAGAACUAGGUGGUGCUGAAGGUGUAGUUAUGGAGGAGGGAACAGCUGGGGAAGGAGGGAAAGCUGCUGCUCAGGAUGGAAUGCGCAGGUCCAUAUUCUGUUUAAGCCCAGCUGGUGACACUCCAUCUUCUGCGAGAUUGUUUGAUGCUAUUGUUAGUGGGUGUCUACCAGUUAUAGUUAGCGACGAAUUGGAGCUUCCUUUCGAAGGGAUACUUGAUUAUAGGAAGAUAGCAAUAUUUGUUUCUUCCAGCGAUGCUGUACAACCAGGAUGGCUUUUAAGUUUUUUAAAAAGCAUAAGCCCUAGUAAAAUCAGAGAAAUGCAGAUGAACCUUGGCCAGCACUCAAGGCAUUUCGUGUUCUCCAGUCCAGCGCAGCCCUUGGGUCCCGAAGACUUGGUUUGGAGAAUGAUGGCUGGUAAAUUGGUGAACAUCAAGCUUCACACUCUGAGAUCAAUGCGUGUAGUGAAAGAGUCCAGAAGCAUUUGUCAUUGCGAUUGUAAGCGUGCCAACUUUACAAAUCCCAGCCCUUUGUUUUAAUUUUCUUUCUCGGAACCUUCUCUAAUCUCCAAGGGUUAAAGUUAUUUAUUCAUGCAUAGAUAUGAGGAUGUUAAGUUCUUUUGUGGUAUUAGUAAGUGGCAGGAAAGUGGGAUAUGCCAGUGGUUGUGAGGAUGUCUAGUGCGAUGUUAACAAACAGUAACGUUUCCCAUCCGCCUGAAGGUUGCUACGUCUCUGUUUAAAGCAAAAAGUUCAGUAGAGAAGAGGGAAAUUUAGCGGGUAUGUUUCUUUAACUAUAUAGGGGUUUGUUUACGCUUUAUGUAUUUUCAACUGGUAAUUGAUUCUUUUGUACCUUCUUGAGGUCAAAAUUCAUGUGUACGAUACAAGAUUUUAACUGCUUGCAUUCCAUGUAGUAUAAAUAUUAUAAUGAAGUGAAUAGACAAUGGUUCCGGUAA